CCGUUGGGAGACCAUAACAGUGAUAAUUAUUAUUUCUAAGGUGACCGCAGCAUAACAUUUUACCGAUCACCAAGUGAUUUAGAGCUAGUGCUAUGCUUGAGUCAAUAGAGUUAAAGCGUUUGAAAGUCAUUUCGAUAAAAAUGUAGGUGUUUGCCGUGUGGUUACCAACGCAACGCCAAGUUGCCUGACUCCCUACAUCCUACACCUGUCCUGUUUAAUCAUAGCGUACUGAAACUAUCGGACAAGAAAAACCAAAGAAGUGUAUGGAUUGAGAGUCUAGUUGAAUUCGUAAGGAUCAUUUUGUAUUUUCCCUCGAUGCAAAAUAAAGUCCAGCAAGAUGCGGCAUUUGCAGAACGAUUCCGAAGACUAGAAAAUCAACGAAGUACACGGCACAUGGAUAGCCCUCCAUGGGCGAAGAGCGAACCUAAACCAUCAAUUUCCAGAAAAAGGUCCAGCAACUCUGGGAAAAGUCUUCCAGCAUUACCCAGUAUCCCUGUGGACAGAUCAAGAAGAGAGAGUCCAACUGGAGGUGUGGAUAGCAAUCGGUUACGUAACUUGGAAGGGCGUCUUACUCUUAGUGAGCAGUCAAACCGUGCAUUGCUAGAUGAGCUAGUCAGACUACAGGGUGAAUUAAAGAACAGUAUACGCCGCAAUGAGGAUUCAAUGCGGGGUGAGAGAGAGGAGAGGCUAGUUUUAUCAGAGAAAAUUCAAGCUGCAAAUAACUUGUACACAAAAUUAAUGAUGAGAUUAGCAAGAACUGAGGAGAAAUUAGACUCUGAACACUCUGCCGUUGGCUCACUUGUCAAUCACACAAAACAGGUGGAGCAGACAUUGAUGGGUAACCAACAACAAUUGUUGAGUCGGCGCGAACAGAUCCAUGUGCGACUUGAACGAUUAAAAGAGGAUUUGGAAGAUUUGCAGGACUCUUACGAACAAGUCACCAAAAAUGCAAGAGUUAUGAAUGAUGAUAUUCGCCUCACUAAGAAUAAACUGGAAGUUCAGACAGUGCAGUUCAGUACAAUGGUACAGGAACUACGUCAGCGGAUGAAGAAGGUGGAAAGUGACUCCAUGACAGCAAUGGACCUUAUAGGAAAGCAAGCUGAGAGUCGGGGCACACUUGAAAUGCACACAGCACAGAUAAAAAAUAACAUGGAAUACAGGGUGUCAGAAAUCAAAGAGCUUGUGUCUGAGCUUAGACGGAGGCUGGACAUGGAAGAAGCUGAGAGAAGAACAGUUAUACAGCAAGCACAGUUGAACAUUGAUCAGCUAAAGGCCACGGUACAUAACAUAGAGCACAAACGGGAGGAAGACAUGCACUCUACCUCCAUGAUGAGCAGAGACAAGGACAGCAUGCUGGCAACCGAGCGGAGCCAGAUGGCGAGUCGACUCGCAGAGAUCAGCGACGAACAGAACAAGAAACUCCUACAGAAAGAGAUUCGACUGCGUGAAGAAGCUCAGUCCAAGUUCAUGGCGCUUGAAAAGAAGCUCCGCGAAGAGCAGGAGUCCCGGCUGACAUUCGAGAAGACGUUACGUGAGGAGAUGGAGCGCCGCUGGCAGUCGCUCAAGUCUUACAUGGACGAGGAGAUACAGUCGGAUCGCGGCACUGAGAAGUUGACGCAAGUACGCUCAGACCAAAGUUUAGCACGGUUGAAUGAGGCUAUCUCCAUACUAGAACGUCAGAUGGAGGAGGGACGCAAGGCGGUGGAGCAAGUGCUGCAUGCUGAGAUCACGUCCAGGCAAUCACAGCACGACAAACUUAGCUCUCGCUUCAAGGACAUGCAAGACAAGCUCAAUCUAGCGAUAAGUACGCUACAACAGGCUGUUGCGGGGAUCAACACUCACGUGGAAGAGGAGGUGAAAAAGGUGAAGGCAGAUAUACAGAAUCUCUUGGAACAGAGCAAGGAAUCCGGCAUAAAGGGCUUGGCGGACAUGGACACGCGUGUGGGUAAACUAAGUCGACGCAUGCAGGACGCAGAAGAGGCGCUAGCGAGCUUGGACAAGAAAAUACAACUGCUGCAAACAGCACAGGUAACGAGGACUGACGGCGAAAACUCGGCCAAAGCUCGACAGGACAUUUCACGGUGGCAAGUCGAGACGGAAGAUCGACUAAGAGAAGUCGACUCUAAGAUGCGACCACUACCCGACCAGAUGACAAGGCUGAAGGCCGAGUUGGACGCGCUACGAGCUGAGAUGGCGCUCAAGGAAGCCACCAGACGAAGAACGCCAACGCCCAAACUACAGACGCCUGUCCCGACGGAAGCGGAGCCAGAUGAGGAGACCGCUGACAUCAAGGAUCGCAUGCAGAAAAUGGAAGACACUUUACAAGAGCAAUCGUCGCAGAUCAGUAAGAUUGACAGCACGGUGGAGACACUGCGUACGGUCCUCUCGCAAAAGAUCGUGUCGGAGGCGCAAGCGCGCGGCGAGGAAUUGAAAGCCAUCGAGAGUGACAUCGAGAAGAUUGUCAAGUAUUACCUGCUUGAUCACAGGCGUGUGUUCGUCAAGUACAAGAAUGCGGAUGUGCACCGCGCCAAGCGAGGGGAGGGUACAGGGCCCAUCAGGCUGGCCCUAGUAGAGGUUAACAGGUGGGGGGUCUACCAGGCCUACCGGAUGCUCGCCAUCAAAAGGGCGUGGUACUCACUGUUGGAGAAGAAGGAGGCUAGGGAGGCGGAGGAACCGGAAGAUCCCAGUUUGCCGCCACCCAUAGAGAGGCCGGACAGCGAAGAUGAUAACGAUGAUGACAAAGACGACAACGAUAAUGAUGACGACGACGACGAUGACAACAACGACGAUGACGACGAUGAUGAUGAUGAUGACGACGACGAAGAAGAUGAUGACGACGACGAAGAUGAUGACGAUGAUGAUGACGACGAUGAUGACGAAGACGACGACGACGAUGAUGAUAAUAAUAAGAAGAAGAAAGCAAGCGCGAGCAAGAACCUCCCGCCAAAAGCUCCAAAGGGAAAUAAGACCAACGCGAAGGGUAUAAAAAAGAAAUAAUGUUUAUGUAUACAUGUAUAUAUUCGAAAUAGAUAGUUCUUGUAAUUGUAUGACACAGUCAAAGACAAGUUUUGUGAGAAAGUUGGGCAGAAUUUCCCUGGAGAUAAUUUCUUCUUUGCAAAAUUUUUGUAUAAAUUCUCAUCACCUGCUCUUUAUUAUUCUUUACAAGAAAAGGCUGAUGACAUUCUAGUCCUAGAUGCCCUAUUCAGGCAUCAUGCUUUUGGACUCCCUGUGGUUGACGAGUUGAUGGUUUUGGGCUCUCUGUUGUUGACGAAUUGAUGCUCUUGGGUUCCCUGUGGUUGACGAGGUGAUGGUAUUGGGCUUCCUGUGGUUGACGAAUUGAUGCUCUUGGGUUCCCUGUGGUUGACGAGGUGAUGGUAUUGGGCUUCCUGUGGUUGACGAAUUGAUGCUCUUGGGUUCCCUGUGGUUGACUUGGUGAUGGUAUUGGGCUCCCUGUGGUUGACGAGUAGAUGGUUUGGGGCUCCCUGUGGUUGACGAGUAGAUGGUUUAUGCCAACUGUAGUCGCAUUGCCAGUCACAGGAGCUCUGGGAAAUAAAUCAACACAAAGUUGAGCUGGUUUGUCUAACGCUUUACUGCUACUCUGUCGUUCCCUGCUAGCAGAGGCCUCUUCCUGGCUGCGUUCGCGAAAUACAAAGCACAGAGAGCUCUGCUGCUAGUAGGGAAACUCUGUCUUCACAGAGGCGAACAGCAUACUUUUUCAACCUUGUGUUGGUUGACCACGCCUUCGCAGACCACCUAGUUAUUCUACAGCUUGUCCGUAGUGUUUGAACUAGUCAUCCAUAGUAACCCUAGACAAACGCAGGAGCCAUAACUAACUAAAAGUCUGUAAACCCUGCUGAGUCGCCUCCUCAUUUUGUCAAUUUGUUUUCCUAAAAACAACUGCACAGGCCGCAGUAAUGGAUCAAACAGUUUGGCAUUGAAUGGAGGCUGGCAUAGUAAAUCCUUUUCUGUUUUGGAAAACCACCCGAAGCCCCAAACAUAAGAGAAUAGUAAUGUGUCUUAUAGUAUAACUAUAUUGUAUAACUAAACUCAUUAUGAAGAGUAAAAAAUGUUCUUUGUGAAUUAAACUUUAUUAUUAUGUGCGUAUAAAAGACUUGUGCUAA